AUGCAGUCCCACCGCUAUAUCUCGAGCAUGAAGAGGAAGCAUGGUAUGCCGUUAGAUGAUAGGAUCAUGUCGUGCCUCCAGAUGGCUGGCCUGUCACAUCUCGCGAGGCUUAACGACCACUGGUUUAGGUUGGAUGAGCCAUUAGUCGGUGCAUUUAUGGAGAGAUGGCGUCCGAAGACUCAUACAUUUCAUCUGCCGUUUGGUGAAUACACGAUUACUCUACAGGAUGUAGCCUACCAGCUAGAGCUCCUGAUCGAUAAUCAGUACGUCAACGGAUGUCUGACGGACUUUGAAUGGUACAUCGAGGGAGGCCGUCCAGAUACAUUCACUGACCGUCUGGAGGGCACAGACGAGGAGACAGUCAGGAGGUACGCGAGAGCAUACAUCAUGAUGCUAUUAUCAACGCAGCUCUUCGCGGACAAGUCUAAUACCCGCAUGCAUAUCCGGUGGCUGUUGUACGUGGCGAGGUUAGAGGACAUGGGCAGAUAUAGCUGGGGAUCUACCACGCUGUCGUGGUUAUACAGCUGCCUAUGCCGUGUGGCCAACAAGCAUAUGGACGGCAGAGGCGGUGAUCAGUGGUUUCUCACAUCCUUACAGGGCUGGCACAUUCAUUGUGAUAGGAGGGCAGAACAUGUCUUGCGAUUUGAUAUUGUUCCUAAUCCAGGACCCUCUCAUGCGUACUUAGAGUGGUGGCAUCAAUAUGGUAGGUGA